UCGAAAAGUAUUUGAUUUUUCUCACAUAAUCUACAUGUAGCCAGAUAAAGAUUAGAGACUCGACGUGUCACUUGCUUAACCAAAUUGCAGAACUUUCGCGUGCAGUUCUAGGCGCAAGGGCUUGCUUCUUUCAUUAAUGGCUUCUAAACCCAUGUUCCUCCUUCUCCUCCUCCUGUUUCUACCGUUCAAACUGCAAUGCUCAAGCCCGCAAACAUGGAUCAAAGCUGGUUACUGGGACUCUAGCGGUGAGCUUCCUGUUUCUGAUAUAAAUUCUGCUCUUUUCACUCAUCUCUUUUGCGCUUUUGCAUAUGUAAACUCUACUUCCUACCAGCUUUUAAUCAACUCCUCAAAGGAACAACCCUUCUCUGAAUUCACCAACACUGUAAAACUCAAAAAUCCAUCGAUUACUACACUUUUAUCCAUUCGGGUUGGAAAAAGUGAGCCGACAACCUUUUCUUUGAUGAUAAAUCAAACUUCCAAUAGAAAAUCUUUCAUUAAAUCUUCCGUAAGAACAGCUAGACUUUAUGGCUUUCAUGGCCUAGACCUUUUUGGGGUUAUGCCUAGAAAUAGCACCAACAUGACCAGUUUGGGAACUUUUUUGGAUGAGUGGCGAGCUGAGGUAGAUUCUGAGUCAAGAAACUCUGGUAAGACACAGUUGCUGUUAACUAUGUCGUUUGGUCGCGUGCCAACUGUCAACUCGGUGAGUUAUCCGAUUGAUUCUGCAAAGAGAAACCUGGAUUGGGUAAAUAUUAUAGCAUAUGACUACUAUGUGCCAACAGUAGACAGGUUUACUGGCGUUCAUGCAGCUUUAUAUGACCCAUUUGGCGGGGCUAACACUGAUGCUGGUAUAAGGGAAUGGUUACAGAGAGGAUUUUCUGCAGACAAGCUAGUUUUAGGUUUGCCUUACCAUGGCUUUGGGUGGACACUUGUUAACUCUGGUGAGAAUGACAUUGGUUCACCAGCUUCAGGGCCCGCUGUCACAAUUGAUGGUUCCAUGGGCUAUAAGUUAAUCAAAUCAUUCAUUCAAAAUUAUGGUUAUGGCGCUGAAUCUGUGUAUAAUUCUACUUAUGUGGUCAGUUUCUGCAAAAUUGGAUCAAAUUGGAUCAAUUUUGAUGAUGUGGAAGCUAUUAAAGCUAAGGUUUCUUAUGCCAAGGCAAAGGGGCUACUUGGUUACAAUGUGUUUCAACUCUCCAAUGACGAAAAUCGGCUGCUCUCUCAAGCUGCUUAUGGAAUAGGCACCAGUCAACGGGAGAAGCAGCAGCAGUUAUUGGUGAUUGUUCUGGUUACAGUUGCUGCAGUGAUUCUCCUGAUGGGGACUAUCGUUUGUUACCUGCAAAUAAAAAUAUUCAAGUCACAAGGAAUUUUGGCUACUUUGAAAAAGUCAGUCUCUCGGAUGAGACCCAAAAUAUCUUCUGAUGAGAAGCAAGACAACAGUGCUCCUAAUCUCCAAGUUUUCAGUUUUAAUAGCAUUAAAGCAGCCACAGAUAACUUUUCAAGUGAGAAUAAGCUGGGGCAGGGUGGAUAUGGACCUGUCUACAAGGGCAUGUUACCCAAAGGGCAGCAAAUAGCAGUAAAGAGACUUUCAAAAACCUCUAAUCAAGGGCUUGAAGAGUUCAAAAAUGAGGUCACACUUACUGCAAGGCUUCAACAUGUGAAUUUAGUUCGAGUCAUGGGAAUUUGUACUGAGAGGGAAGAGAAAAUGCUGAUAUAUGACUUCAUGCCAAACAAAAGCUUGGAUUUCUACCUCUUCGAUCCAUUUAAUAGGUAUCUCCUAGAUUGGAGGAGACGUGUUUUCAUAAUUGAAGGUGUUACUCAAGGGCUUCUAUAUCUACAAGAAUACUCGAAUUUCACAAUAAUUCAUCGUGAUAUAAAAGCUAGCAACAUUUUAUUAGAUGAUGAUAUGAACCCAAAAAUAUCAGAUUUUGGUGUGGCCAGAUUAUUCAGAAAGGAUGAACUCGAAGCAAACACAAGUAGAAUUGUUGGGACGUAUGGCUAUGUUCCUCCAGAAUAUGUUAAGAAAGGAACCUACUCUAUGAAGUAUGAUGUUUAUAGUUUUGGAGUUCUGCUUCUGCAAAUUAUGAGUGGCAAGAGGAAUUCCAGCCUAUAUGGAUGCAAUGAAAACUUGAAUCUUCUUGAAUAUGCAUACGAAUUGUGGAAACAAGGUCGAGGGGCAGAGUUUUUUGAUGCAUCACUGGAUGAUUCAUCUUUGACGUGUAAGCUCAUGAGAUGCUUGCAAGUAGCACUGCUGUGCGUGCAGGAAAGCCCUGCAGAUAGACCAUCCAUGGUUGAAGUUUUUACAAGUCUCAAGAACGAGACUGUUGCAAUCUGCAUCCCUAAGCAGCCUGCCUUUUCGGUCAUAAGAGAUGGAAAAGAGGGAAGUAAAGAGAUUGCCAGGGACAAGGUGUUUUCAGUCAAUGAUGCCACUAUAACCCAAGUGGGGCCUCGAUGACAGUAUGGGAGACCUAAUGGACAAGAAUUAUGGUUUACCAAUCUUUAAUCAUGCAAAUAUAGAUAUUGAUGAUUGGAGCAAAGUGUUGAAUCUGCUGUUUAUUUUUUCACUCUUUUGCUCACAAAAAUUCAAAAAAGAAAUUGAUUACAAUGGAAUAUAAGGCUAAUUAUUGGGAUGCCAAAUUUUCUAGUU